ACAAAUUUAAUGCAAUUCCACAUUCAGUGGACCUGUUUGUGUGACCAAUGAAGCUUUUUAUCAGAAACGUUGCUGGAGCUGACUCACUUGUCCUGCAGUGCUGCUGUCAGGGUAGCUGAAUGUGUUCUCCCUGCGUGGACUCUCCCUAGGAGGGCCGUGGCUCUGCUGCUGGAGAGAGAGCUGACUGGAGCCCUGAGCCCUGAGUGGUGCCCCACAGCUGAAAGGGCUUCCCUCUUCUUUGACCUGGAGGACUGUUGUGCUGGAGUUGUAGAGGCAAACUUUGAGUAGGUUUUCACUGGGAGUAUCCUGGGUCAUGAAACUUAAUCCACAACAAGCUCCGUUAUAUGGCGAUUGUGUGGUCACAGUGCUGCUUGCCGAAGAGGACAAAGUCGAAGAUGAUGUCGUUUUUUACCUCGUGUUUUCAGGCUCCACCCUCCGUCACUGUGCGAGUACCCGGAAGGUCAGCUCUGACACGCUGGAGACCAUCGCUCCCGGCCAUGACUGCUGCGAGACUGUGAAAGUUCUCCUCUGUGCAUCCAAGGAGGGCCUACCCGUGUUUGUGGUGGCCGAGGAGGACUUCCGAUUCAUCCAGGAUGAGGCCUAUGAUGCUGCCCGUUUCCUGGCCACCAGUGCCGGGGACCAGCUGGCUUUGAACUUCACUCGCUUUCUGGACCGGUCCGGGCCCCUGUCCAGGGAUGUGGAUUCCCUGGAUGAGAAGGUCGCCUUGGCUUUCAGACACCUGAAGCUGCCCACCGAGUGGAAUGUGUUGGGGACAGAGCAGGCUCUGCAAGAUAGUGUUCCCCGGGAGACUCUGCUGCACUUCGCCGUGCGCCUGGGGCUGCUACGGCUUGCCUGGUUCCUCCUGCAGAAGCCGGGCGGCCGGGGAGCCCUAAACAUCCACAACCAGGAAGGAGCGACGCCCGCAAGCCUGGCCCUGGAGCGUGGUUACCACCAGCUGCACCAGCUCCUGACCCAGGAAGAUGCCAGAGAACCCGACUCCUGGAGCAGUUUAUCCUAUGAAAUCCCCUACGGAGACUAUUCUGUGAGGCAUCACCGAGAGCUGGGCGUCUACACCUUAACCUCUGAGGCUGAGUCACAGCAUGGAGCCCCAGCUGAUGGAGACAGCCGCACUGGCCAUAUCUCUAAACUUAUGAACAUCCAACAGCAGCUUAUGAAAACACACAUCAAGCAGAUGGACCCUCUCCUCCCCCCAGUGGUGACCGCUCAGGAGCCCUCAGGACCACCCAGUACCCCAGACACCCUCAACCAGUGUCUUCCCUACACACCAGAACCCAUAACCAGUGAGCAGCCCCCUCCUCCCAGGCAGACGGAGGCCUCUCCAGGCUGCUUGGGGAGCCCUGCAAAGCAGAAUGGAGGCGCCUGUGGUCCAUCAAGUAUGGUUCAGGAAGAGAAUAAAGACUGUUCCCGUCGGAAGAAAAAGAAAGGCACAGAGAGAAAAAUAGGGGAAGCGACAGCGCCAGCGCCAGCGCCCACUGUGAUUCCAGCGGUCAAGUCUGAUCCCAACUUAAGAGCAAAGUGCCCAGGAGGCCUUCCGUCCUGUGGGGUCAGAAAAGAAGGUGCUGCAGCAGAAUCCAGUGCAGUGACCAAAGAGUCGGGGUUAGGGAGCCAUGGUCACGCCACCUCACAGAGAGACAUGGUCCUGGGGCAAGGCUCAAGCCAGCCUUCCUCCACAGAGGAGAGGGGGCUGGGCAGCUGCUCAGCAGCAGGCAGUGGGGUCUCAGAAAUGGCAGGGGACACAAGACACGGUCUCAGGAACCCAGGUGCCACUCCCCAGGCGGCAGAGCUCAGAGUGGGGGACAGUGCAGAGGAAAAAUUUGAGAACCCUCACGUCAGCACUGCCACUGAGGCAGAAGCCACAAGUGAGCCUGCAGAACAGGCCCAGGCUUCCAACUCUGAAUCUGCCACCAGUUCCCUGGGUGGCACCAAACCUGCUGAGUCUUCACUUGCACUUAGCAGUCGAGAAGCUUCCAUGGGAACAGCUGUAGACAAGGAAACUUGUAGCAGCUGUCAGGAGAGAACAGUGGCAGAUCGGAACUCUCUAGAUGAACCAGCUGUAGCAGACAAGGUUGCAGAAGGCCCAGGGCCCAGCACACCCUCCAGAGGCCUGUUUGAGACAUUGCCAGCUUCUGACUUAACCCUCCCUAGGCCAGGAAAAGAUGUAGGAACACCCCACCAGAACCCUGAAGUGAACUCAUCUCAGGUUCCCAUCUGCCCUACAGCAGAGGACGAGACCCUCUGGGCCACCCCUGUGUGUCAGCAGAAUACAGUGACUGCCACUGCUGUGUCAGCUGCAAAACAUCCUCAUGACACUGUCCCUCAACCUGAAAACACUCCCCCAGGGCAGCCUGACUCACAGCAUUCAUCCACAGCCUCCAAUCCCCCAGGCCAAGAGGUUAGCUCAGCCUCCACCCCUGCCUCCAAGAGGGCUCCCCAGGAAGGUGUGGACUGUGGCCCACUCCAACAUUCAAGUAAAAAGGACCCAGGAAAAACCUCAAAACCAGAAAGCAUUUCUACAGACCUGCCUGAGGGGGCUCCAUAUCCCCAUGCCAAUAUCCCCAGAGAAGAGGAGGAACUGGGGCCACGCCAGCCUGUGACAUCAGACAGGACUUUCUCUCUGGCAGCCAGUGCAGGCUGUGAAUCAGUAACUGAGCAUGACGCGCUGGCUCCUGUCCCCUCCCAGAAAGAAAAGGGAACAGCAGCUCUUCAACUUCAUACGGCAGCGGACCACAGAGAUGGCCCGGACAGAGAUCCCAGCCCUCUCACCCAGAGGCCACCAGGAGACGAAGGUGCGGUAGGCUUGUCUGCAUUCCCUGCCUCUCCCCUGCCGCAGCCCAGCAUGGGCAACACCAGUACCAGUGAACUGGGGGCAGAGCAGGAGGGACCCUGUCUCUCAGCAGCCCCUGAGUGUCUGAACCUUGAGGGGGCCACUGAUACCUCCCCCCAGCCCAGUGUGUGUGAGGCCCCAGAGUCCAUUUUGACUGAAGCUGGAGAAACACCAGUGGUUCCCGAAAGCUGUGCAGCCCAGGAGCCAGGCGAGAAGGCAAAAGCAGUGACGUGUCCCUUCAGCCAGAAGGACACCCCAUCUUCAGAAGCUCUGCUGGAAGAGCAGAGAACACCUGUCUGGCUGGAGGCAACAGGCUUCUGCGGAGAACCAAGCUCCGUGCUCUGUGCAGAGGACAAAGCCUGUCACAGCAAUCCCCCGGGCGCACCCUCAGCCUGUCUUCUCACAGAAACGAAACACAACCAGGAAGUGGCCCCACCAGUCUCACAGUCGACGGAAGGUGGGGCUGCCCAGAGCCUGGUGCCACCAGGAGCAGGUCUGGCUGCAGACUCAAGCCAGGAAGUGGGGGAUGCAGAGCCCAGCAGCUCCCCUCUGCUGCCAGACGGCGCUGAGGCUCCUCCUGGGGUUAGAGCCGCUCAGCAGCUAGGGGAAAGCCCUGCAUGUAGGGUGAGUAGAAAUGUGUUGGCUGUCACAGAGGCUAACCCUAUGCAAGCUGGCACUGAGGCCAGAAGAGCGGAUGCGCCACACAGCAGCCCCGACACCCUGGUUGCCACAGGCUCGCUGGGCCAGGAGGCUGUGAGCCCAGGCCUGCCAGGAGCUUCAGUGGACACAGGGCAGACUGACCUGCAGGGCGCUGUGGCUACCGGGGAGGCACCUCUAGGUGGGGAGAAAAGGAAGGAGGUGGGAGCCAGCAUCAGCUGCCACAUGGAUGUCUCUAAGGAGGAAGAUGGACAGACGGACGAUGGACGACAGUGCGCCCACCUGCAGCCCAACUUGGGACUCUCAGGCCCUGGUGACAAGGUCCCCAGCAAGGACAGUCUUGCCACUCCCUCUCCUCACACUGUCUCUGCAGACUCCAUAGAGGAGGCUGCCAGCCGCAUCGUGGAUGCCGUUCUCCAGCGAGUCAAAGCCCAGGGAGUCCCCCCCACCCCACCUUCCAGUCCUGUAGAGUUGCACCCACUGAUGGAGCCUCAGGAGGAGGUCCGUGCCAGGGCCACCUCCCUGCCCGAGGAGACCUUACAGGUGGACAGACAGGAAGAUGCCCCUGGGAAGCUGUCAGGGGAGGCUGCUGAAAGGGAGGAGCCAGAGACAUUUGCUGCAUCUCUCUCCCUCACCCAAUCAGCCACAGAAAUGCCGGGCUCGAAAGCUGACGACGAAGUGGAUUUUCUGAGUCACUUCAGGGCAAACUCAGUGUCUGAAGAGGUGGCCGGAGGAAGCCCAGCUACUCCCCCAGAGCUGAAGCCGGGACCCAAGACCCAGGCGAUGAACCGAGAGAGCUGGUGUACUGUUGAGCCGUGCCCUGAUGCAGCUUCUCUUUUGACUUCCACCAAAAGUCCAGGAUGUGAGAACUUCCUGGAUGAUGGACUGAACAGACAGUGUGCCUCAAAGCAAGGUGCCCUAAAAAGAGAAUCAGGGAGUGACUCUGAUCUCUUCCAAUCGCCCAGUGAAGACGUGGACAGCAUCACCUUCUCCAAGCCUGAGGAAGAACCACUGGCCUGCGACACCAUGGGCUCCAGUUCCUCCACCGACGACACGGCCUCCCUGGACCGACACUCCUCUCAGGGCAGUGACGUGUCCCUCCCCCAGGUCGCACAUCUGAACAGGUCCAGGGAUCAGCAGAGCCUCGAUGGCUUCUCUGGCCCCGGGCCAGGGGUUGAGGGCCGAGAGAGUGAGAACGAAGCUGCUGGCUCUGGUGACGUGGACGAGGAGGAGAUGGACAGCAUCACUGAGGUGCCCGCCAGCUGCUCGGUGUUGAGGAGCACCAUGCGCUCCCUGUCCCCCUUCCGCAGGCACAGCUGGGGACCUGGGAAAAAUGCCGCCAGUGAUACGGAGAUGAACCCGCGCAGUUCAAUGCCACUUGUUGGGGAUGUUAUCAGGAGGCCUCCCAUUCAUAGGAGAAGUAUGAGCUGGUGCCCCUCUGGUGUGCAGUUCUCUGCUGCCCUGAAUGCCGACUUUAAUUGCAGAAGUUUCAGUCUAGAAGGCUUGACGGGAGGAGCCGGUGUCGGGAGCAAGUCAUCCUCACCUCUGGACGGGAACUCUGCAAACACCAAGGAGCUCGGGCCCCCUUUCAGAGGGGAGGUCCGGGGUGGCUCCUUGGUGUCACUUUCAGAAGAGGAUCUGGAAUCAGGCCAGAGAGAACAUCGAAGGAUGUUUGACCAGCAGACAUGUCACAGAUCUAAGCAGCAGGGGUUUAACUACUGUACGGCAGCCGUUUCUUCUCCACUCACAAAAUCCAUCUCGUUAAUGACCAUCAGUCACCCAGCGCUGGACAAUUCCCGGCCUUUCCACAGCACCGGUGCCAAUCUGACGGAAAGUAUAACAGAAGAGAACUAUAACUUCCUGCCUCAAAGCCCAUCUAAGAAAGAUUUUGAAGGGAAGAGUGGGACCAAAGUCAGCCGGACAUUCAGCUACAUCAAGAAUAAGAUGUCCAGCAGCAAGAAGAGCAGAGAAAAGGAAAAAGAGAAGGACAGAAUUAAGGAGAAGGAGAAGGACUCCAAAGAGAAGGAGAAAGACAAGAAGACAGUCAACGGACACUCCUUCAGCUCCAUCCCCACCGUGGGCCCCAUCAGCUGUGGCCAGUGUCUGAAACCUUUUACCAACAAGGACGCCUACUCGUGUGCAAACUGCGGUGCCUUUGUCCACAAAGGCUGUAGAGAAAAUCUAGCCUCCUGUGCAAAGGUCAAGAUGAAGCAGCCCAAAGGGAGCCUCCAGGCCCACGACACAUCCUCACUGCCCACGGUCAUCAUGAGAAACAAGCCUGCUCAGCCCAAGGAGCGCCCUCGCUCUGCAGUCCUGCUGGCCGAGGAGACCACUGCCACCCCCUUGUUUGCAAACAGACGGUCUCAGCAGAGCAUGUUGCUCUCCAAAAGUGUAUCCAUCCAGAACAUUGCUGGAGUUGGCAACGAUGAGAACAUGUCCAACACUUGGAAGUUCCUGUCUCACUCUACAGACUCACUCAAUAAAAUCAGCAAAGUCAACGAGUCAACAGAAUCCCUGACGGAUGAGGGAGUAGGUACAGAUAUGAAUGAAGGACAACUAAUGGGAGACUUCGAGCUUGAAGCAAAGCAGUUUGAAGCAGAGUCCUGGAGUCGAAUAGUGGACAGCAAGUUUCUGAAACAGCAAAAGAAAGAGGCCGUGAAACGGCAGGAAGUGAUCUACGAGCUGAUGCAGACGGAGCUGCACCACAUCCGCACGCUCAAGAUCAUGAGCGACGUGUACAGCCGGGGCAUGAUGACGGAGCUGCUGUUCGAGCAGCAGACGGUGGAGAAGCUCUUCCCCUGCCUGGACGAACUCAUCAGCAUCCACAGCCAGUUCUUCCAGAGGAUCCUGGAGCGCAAGAAGGAGUCGCUGGUGGACAAGAGCGAGAAGAACUUCCUCAUCAAGCGGAUGGGGGACGUGCUGGUCAAUCAGUUUUCGGGCGAGAACGCAGAACGCUUAAAGAAGACAUACGGCAAGUUUUGCGGGCAGCACAACCAGUCUGUGAACUACUUCAAAGACCUGCACACCAAGGACAAGCGUUUCCAGGCGUUUGUAAAGAAGAAGAUGAGUAGCUCGGUUGUGAGGCGGCUUGGAAUCCCGGAGUGCAUACUGCUGGUCACCCAGCGGAUCACCAAGUACCCAGUUUUAUUCCAGAGAAUGCUGCAGUGCACCAAAGACAAUGAAGCAGAGCAGGAAGACCUGGCCCAGUCGCUGAGCCUGGUGAAGGACGUGAUUGGGGCUGUGGACAGCAAAGUGGCAAGUUACGAGAAGAAAGUACGUCUGAAUGAGAUUUACAUGAAGACGGACAGCAAGUCGAUCAUGAGGAUGAAGAGUGGCCAGAUGUUCGCCAAGGAGGACCUGAAGCGGAAGAAGCUGGUGCGAGACGGGAGUGUGUUUCUGAAGAACGCGGCGGGGAGGUUGAAAGAGGUGCAAGCUGUGCUGCUCAGGGACAUUUUAGUCUUCCUUCAAGAAAAGGACCAGAAGUACAUAUUUGCAUCGCUGGAUCAGAAAUCAACCGUGAUCUCCUUGAAGAAGCUGAUCGUGAGAGAAGUGGCUCACGAGGAGAAAGGGCUGUUCCUGAUCAGCAUGGGGGUGAAGGACCCCGAGAUGGUGGAGGUCCACGCCAGCUCCCGGGAGGAGCGGAACGGCUGGAUCCAGAGCAUCCAGGACACCAUCAAUGCCCUAAACAGAGAUGAAGAUGAAGGGAUUCCCAGCGAGAAUGAGGAAGAGAAGAAAAUGCUGGACACGAAAGCACGAGAACUGAAAGAGCAACUCCAGCAGAAGGACCAGCAGAUCCUGCACCUGCUGGAAGAGAAGGAGACCAUCUUCCGAGACAUGACAGAGUGCUCCACGCCCCUGCCGGAGGACUGCUCCCCGACCCACGGCUCCAGAGUCCUCUUCCGCUCCAACACAGAGGAGGCUCUCAAAGGAGCACCUUUAAUGAAGAGUGCAAUCAACGAGGUGGAGAUCCUGCAGGGUUUGGUGAGUGGGAGCCUGGGAGGCAGCACCCUGGGUCAAGCAGUGAGCAGCAUGCUGGAGCAGGAGGGCGUGGUGGGCCCUGUGUCUCUGCCCCGGAGAGCAGAGACCUUCGGGGGAUUCGACAGCCACCAGAUGAACGCCUCCAAGGGAGGUGAGAAGGAAGAGGGAGAAGAUGCCCAGGAUCUGAGGAGAACAGAAUCAGACAGUGGUCUGAAAAAGGGUGGAAAUGCUAACCUUGUAUUUAUGCUGAAAAGAAACAGUGAGCAGGUCAUCCAGAGUGUGGUCCACCUCCACGAACUGCUCAGCUCCCUACAGGGCGUGGUGUUGCAGCAGGACAGCUACAUUGAGGACCAGAAGCUGCUGCUGAGCGAGCGAGCGCUGUCACGGAGCGCGUCGCGGCCCAGCUCACUCAUCGAGCAGGAGAAGCAGCGCAGCCUGGAGAAGCAGCGGCAGGACCUGGCCAACCUGCAGCGGCAGCAGGCGCAGCAGCAGGAGGAGCAGCGGCGGCGCGAGCGCCAGUGGGAGGCGCGGGAGCGCGCACUGCAGGAGCGGGAGGCGAGGCUGGCGCAGCGCGAGGACGACGUGCGGCGGGGCCAGUGCGAGCUGGAGCGCGAGCUCGAGGAGCUGCAGCAGCGCAAGGGCACCUACCAGGGGGAUCUGGAGCGCCUGCGCGCCGCCCAGAGGCAGCUGGAGCGCGAGCAGGAACAGCUGCGGCGAGACACAGAGCGCCUGGGCCACAGGCACGACGCCCACCAGGUCUCCCACUCCCACACCAAGCUGCUGCGGAUCCCAUCUUUCCUGCCCAACCCUGAGGAGCCCCAGAUAGCCCCCACCCCCUCCAUCUCCAAGUCCACGUCCUUGGACUCUGAACUGUCAGUGUCCCCAAAACGGAACAGCCUCUCUCGGACACACAAAGACAAGGGGCCUUUUCACAUCCUGAGCUCCACCAGCCAGCCAAACCGGGCACCCGACAGCCAGGCCCCCACACCUGCCCCUGCACGUCUGUUCGGGCUGGCCAAGCCCAAGGAGAAGAAAGACAAAGAGAAGGAGAAGAAGAAGAAGAGCAAAGGCAGCCGUGCCCAGCCCGGCGAUGGCCCCAUGGCAGAAGUCUCGGCGGAGGGGGAGGAGAUAUUCUGCUGACCCCUCCCUGACCCAGCGGCCUCCCCACUCUGCCUGCAACAGCUCUUCCACCUGACACAAUGCCCGGGCUGCCCUGGGACCUGGCAGCAGUCGGUCUGGAGGAGGGCACAGCCUACUGAAGGGGUCCCAGCAGCCGUGGGCAUGGCCUCUCUCCAGGCAUCCAGGUUCACGGGACUCUGCCCCGUCUCUCUCCCAGGGAGCGCUGCCUGCCAGGCCUGGCUCCGGAAUGCCCACCCCUGCCCGCAACGCUCACCUCCCCCAUUCUGCAUGUGUGUUCUGGGCUCUCUUUAGAAGGGACGACAGGCGUUGGUGACACCCCGGCCGAGAAGGCUCCAGGCCUGUAAACAGCACCUGCUCCAGGCCCCGAUGGGCGUAUUUAGUGUCCUCAUCAAAUCCAGGAGCAGGCCUGUCCCAGACUGGCUUCCCUGGGUGUUAGAAGGGUGUUCUGGGCCUCAGAGGCAGACAGACCUCGAACACCCGCCUUUGCUAGUGUGACACUUUUUGGUUGUCACUAACCAUUCAGAAGUGACCACAGCCUCCUGCUAGGUUGUCCCCAUCCCAGUCUGGACAAAGCCAGGCCCAGUGUGUCCAUCAGCACCAGCCAGAGAGGUAUGGUCAAGUUCCGCAGCAAAAUCUGGUUCCUUAAACCAUUGUUUCCUCCUCAAGUACUCCUGGAGGCAAGCGCUCCUGUGCUCGAAGUGCUCGUGUCUCUCCCUCUCUCUCUCUCUCAGUCUCCCCCCCCCCCCCCACUGAGGAUGUUACAAACACCUGUUUCUUACUUCUCCACUCCAUUAGUCUCCCGCCAAGUCCUGGCCUGUGUCCGCUCAAGGCCUGUCACCAGCUGGACUGCACAGGACAGGUCCCUGGGAACGGUUCCCCCACCACAGCACCUGUUGUUGCCCCCACCCUCUGGGGUGUGGGGAGGAAGAGCCUGGAAGAUUCUUUGUUCAGAAUGUGGCCUUUGAUUCCUGUUUUGUUUUUUGUUUCCAUCCCUCAAGAGCAUGGUCUCGGGAUAAAAACAAAAACAAAACAAGAUGUGUAACCUGGUGCUUGUGAGGCGCUGCGAGCUGGCCUUGCAGCUGGAGAGCUUUAUCUUUAGUUUAUUUGAAAGAGGUCUGGUUUAAACUCAGUAGCUUAGAUUUAUUUAUUAUGUGUGUGUGCGUGUACGUGUGCGUGUGUGUUCACUGGCCAACGGUUCCCACCACCUGCUCCCUACUGAGCGGGUGUCUAAGUGCCUCACAGGCCAGAAGACCUUUGGGCUGCAGAGGGGUAGGGGGUCUCCUCCUCUGACCAAGAGAUAGGUAGGCCCCCUCCUCGCCAGCCCCUUCGAGCUAGACUGUUUUUCACGGGCAUGCCGUCUGGGCCUUCAGAACAAAACCAGCGCGUUUUCUCUGGAAACCACGAUGGAUACCCCACUCCCUCGAGACCCUGAACUGCAGAUGGUUAAGUCACUCCCUUCCCCCAGCCCCCUCGGCUCCAAUCUGCUGUCCCUGUCACUUGCUCAGGCUCCCCCAGAGCAGCUGUGCUGACAGGAAGGGCCCCUGUCUCUCUGGGUUACCGGCAAGAGGGGGCCCUCACCCCCAGCCAGCUGAGCCUCACGUGAGCAGGGCUAGAAUCAGGCCUCCUACAACCCCGGCGGCCGGUGCCCAGCUGAAUCCAUCCUGCAAGGGAGACCCGACUUCCUCCACCUAUCUCUCUCCUCUGCCCUGAACUUGCGGGCUGCCUUGGCACCAUGCUCCAGGGAGAUUCACAUCCCUCCUUUUGUCUGCCCCCUUCAACCUAGCACCACCAGACCCCUGAUUGUUUCUGGGGGGCAGGGGGAUGAUAGAGGGAGAAGCCAGGGCUUCCAGAACCUAGUGGGUGUCCUGGGAGGCAGCUGCGUCUUGGACACCCCAUCAUCUCAGCCACCCCAGCUGGGUGGCACAUGCACUUUUAAAUGCAUCAGUUGGCACCAUUUCCGAGACAAUCACCAGUCAACCCAGAGGCUUAGAAACGUUCAAGUCCUCAUAGUUCACCUUGGCUGACACCCACCCUCUGUCCCCGCAGAAUUUCCCAGGAGAAACCUCACCCAGGUCUGAAAGGUACGAGUCCUGCCUUCUCCUCCUCCUCCUCCUCCACCUCUCGCCUCAGGGUAACAUCACUCAGAGCUGUCCUCCUUCUGCUCAUCUUCUCCCUGUAGUAGUAGUAAACAGGGUAUCCAGGUGGGGACCUGUACCCUAGGGUGGGUGGAAGGGAGGUUAGGAAAAUAGGUUUUGCCCAGAAUAGAGGGAGAGAAGAGCUGUCUCCCAUUUCUGUGGUUAAGAUGCUCACUUCCUGGAGCUGGGGCUUUGCAACUGGGGGAGGGGGCAGGCCUUGGGAGGGGCCUUCCACAGCCCAAAGAAGGUUGGGAGGGAUCUGUGGUGACCCCAACACUGCAGACCCCUCUCUUGUACACAGGGACCUGGACAGCCCCCUCCAUAGCAGAUGGUGGGCCACCCUGGACAGGACCCUGGGGACACCCCAGGCUCAGGUCCUGACUCUGCCUGCACACAGCACAGCCUUCCCAGAGAGCCUUCCCACUGGAGGGGGACAGGCUCACAGGAGCCCUCCAGCCCCUUGUCACCAUCUGACCCAUGAGGGCACCCCCCCCUACCCCCGCUGGGAAACAGACAGGGCAGGUGACCCCAGAUGCCUCCGCUCUCUCUCACCUCCCUGCCACACACACCCUGAGCAUUUCUGUCCCGGGUCCGCCAAGGUAAAGCGGGGUUCCACCCAGACGCUGUAUAUUAACGUGUAAUUAUGUAUAGAGUAAAGCAGUUUAUAUGAACUGUAAAGACGUUUCUCAGUGUUGGCCGGCGCUCCGCCGCCAGGUACUGGCUUUGUAUUUUAUUUAACUUCCUUUCUAGUUAUCUGCUGCCUCCUGAUGCCUGUAAAGUCCCCUUGGCCCCUCGAAGAAUAAAUGUCCUAUUGAGUCUGGA